GAGCGGCGCCGCGGGGCGGGGCCGCGCCGGGGGCGACUACAACAAAGGGCGGCGGGCGGCCGGCGCGGUGACCGCGCUCCCGGGCUCCUGCAGGUCACGCGCGCCGCCCGCCCGCCCCGCGCAGAUGAAGUGUGAGCACUGCACGCGGAAGGAAUGUAGCAAAAAAACAAAAACCGAUGACCAAGAGAAUGCCUCAGCCGAUGCCCCGAGUCCGGCCCCGGAGAAUGGAGAGACGGGAGAGUUCCACAAGCUGGCCGAGGCCAAGGUGUUUCUGAGUGACUGCCUGGCGUGUGACAGCUGUGUGACCGCAGAGGAGGGAGUCCAGGUUUCCCAGCAGAACGCCAAGGACUUCUUCCGUGUUCUGAACCUGAAUAAGAAAUGUGAUACCUCACAGCACAAGGUGCUGGCAGUGUCCGUGUGUCCUCAGUCUCUGCCUUAUUUUGCUGCUAAAUUCAGCCUCAGUGUCACGGAUGCAUCCAGAAGGCUCUGCGGCUUCCUCAAAAGCCUGGGGGUGCACUAUGUCUUUGACAUGACGAUCGCGGCAGACUUCAGCAUCCUGGAGAGUCAGAAGGAGUUUGUGCGUCGGUACCGCCAGCACCGCGAGGAAGAGCCCCAGUUGCCCAUGCUGACCUCCGCCUGCCCUGGCUGGGUCCGCUAUGCGGAGCGCGUGCUGGGUCACCCCAUCACCCCCCACCUCUGCACGGCCAAGUCUCCCCAGCAGAUCAUGGGCUCUCUGGUGAAGGAUUACUUCGCCAGACGGCAGAACCUGUCCCCAGACAAGAUCUUCCACGUCAUCGUGGCCCCGUGUUAUGACAAGAAACUGGAGGCUCUCCGAGAAGACGUUCCCACAGCCUCGCACAGCUCCCGGGGUGCUGACUGUGUGUUAACCUCAGGUGAGAUUGCCCAGAUGAUGGAGCAGAGUGACCUGUCCGUCAGCGACGCCGUCGUGGAUACCCUGUUUGGCGAUGUGAAGGAGGAGGAGGUGAGGCGCCACGAGGGGGCCAGCUCCGACGGGUACCUGGCGCACGUCUUCAGGCACGCGGCCAAGGAGCUGUUCAACGAGGACGUGGGGGCGCUCACCUACCGCAGCCUGAGGAACAAAGACUUCCAGGAGGUCGCCCUGGAGAGGGACGGGCAGGUGCUGCUGCGCUUCGCGGCUGCGUACGGCUUCCGGAACGUCCAGAACGUGGUCCUGAAGCUGAAGCGGGGCAAGUUCCCCUACCACUUCGUGGAGGUGCUGGCCUGCGCCGGGGGAUGCCUCAGCGGCAGGGGCCAGGCCCAGGCGGAGGACGGGCGUGCAGACAGGGUGCUGCUGAGGCAGAUGGAAGGCAUCUACGCUGCCAUCCCGGUGCGGCCCCCGGAGACCAGCGCCCACGUGCAGGAGCUGUACCAGGAGUGGCUGGGCGGGGCCGACUCCCCUCGGGCCCAGGCGGCCCUGCACAGGGCCUGCCAGGGCCCAGGGCAGCCUGCCAGCAGCCGGGACAUCAAGUGGUAAAGGUCCCGCAGGCGCCUGAGGAGGGUGUCAGAUGCGUGAGGAAAGGCUGUGUCUCUGUCAUCGCUUUGGUUUUCAGAAUUCCCUGCUCCCCUCUGCUGGCUCCCUCCUCUGAGGGGCGCCGCAGUCCUCACAUGGUGCAUCUGGAAUAUUGUUUCUGGAGAGGAGGACUGCCCCAAUGUAUGCAUCCUUUUAUCUGACGAUGAAAAAAUCCCAAAGAACAAUGGAGACAGGCGGCCGUCCUUUAGGCUUAAAAACCUCUCAGUGUCCUGGGAAGAGCUGAGACUGUGUUCUGUCCACGCCCCUGAGAGAUUGGGUGAGGAAAUGGCCCGGCUUAGCCCUGACUGGACCCACUUAAGUUAUUCUUGAAGGUGUCUUUGCCACAAUGUGAAUAAACUACCACCUUUUGAAACGG